GUCUCACAAUCGCUCGGCCCGGCGGCGAGUCGGCAGGGAUAGAGACCCUGGUACCUGUAGCGCUUCUGUCAGCUCCCGUCGACAGCUGAGGACUAACGCGCUAGCUGCGAACGGGCUUAACAGGGGGAGAUAUCGGUUUCACCCGGGCUUGUCGGGGGAGUUUGUAGCGACAAGGACUCCCGUUACAAACUCUACAAGUGUCGGACUCACCUAGAGGCUACAGGCUAGACAGCCAGCUCUUCAAAACUACAGACGUCUGAAGUUCUCUUUAUCGGACGUUUUACCAAUUGAGGAACCAUAGAUGGACGGAGACUGCCACAGUCCUCUGGUGGGGGACACGGCUCCCCCUCCCACCUCCACGGACCCGACACCGGACCUGCCCGGAUCAGCCGUCGGGCCCGCCCUCUCCUGCGGCCUGAGGGCCACAGAGACGCUCCCGGAGCCUGAAGCAAGCCCCAUGAAGGCAACGCUGCCAAACAGUAACCAGGUCCGAUCCGUAGUCCUGUGCGGAGUACCGAUCAUCUCCCUCAUGAUGGAAGGGAAAGAUCGUCUGUGUCUGGCGCAGAUCUCCAACACUUUACUCAAGAGUUUCAGUUAUAACGAGAUCCACAACCGCCGCGUGGCGCUCGGCAUCACCUGUGUGCAGUGCACGCCUGUCCAGCUGGAGCUGCUGCGGCGCGCCGGCGCCAUGCCCAUCUCGUCCCGCCGCUGCGGUAUGAUCACCAAGCGCGAGGCCGAGCGUCUCUGCAAGUCCUUCUUCGGAGACACCACGCCGCCCAAGCUGCCCGAGAACUUCGCCUUCGAGGUCGCGCACGAGUGCUCUUGGGGCUGCCGCGGCAGAUUUUACCCGUCCCGCUACAACAGCUCCCGAGCCAAGUGUGUGAAGUGCAUCUUCUGUAACAUCUUCUUCUCACCCAACAAGUUCAUCUUCCACUGCCACCGCAUGCCCGACUCCAAGUACAAGGUCGGCGAAGAACAUCCAGACGCAGCGAACUUUAACGCGUGGCGGCGGCACCUGAAGCUGGCGGCGGACCAGCCUCCGAACGACCUGCUGUACGCCUGGGAGGACGUCAAGGCCAUGUUCAACGGCGGCAACAGGAAACGCGCCCUCAGCAACGCCUGCAGCUCCGCCUCGCAGUCUCACGCCAAGAAGCAGAAGUUUCAACAGGAACAGAAAAUGUCUCUAGAACAGACGAGCAUGCCGACAUUCCCCCUGGACCCGUCCUUCCCCAUCCCUCCCUUCGGCAGCAAGACGUUCAUCUCUCCCCCGUACUUCCUCCGCCCGCAGUGCCUACCACACAUCCCGAUAUGCUCCUCCGCUGUUUCCAGCAUUCACGACAAAACGUCCACCCAGAGCAAGAGCAUGCACCCGUUCGUGCUGGACAACUUCUUCCACUACAACUUCCCCCCGUUCGGCCUGCCGGCCCUCACGAGCGACCGAAACCAGACGUUUCGGAGCGAAGGUCGCGAAAGUCCCGCUGUGACCACACAGCCUGAUCUCUACCUGCCGAAGAUCGGGAUGGCCAGCACCAUCACCUCGCUACGGAGUCCCAUAGUCGGGUACAUGUCAGCCUUCCGUCCCGUCCUGAGAGGCCCGUCCGGGCGAGAGAGGGGGGCCAACAUGAUACUGCCAGGGACAGACGCCGACUUUUCAACAAUGACGUCGUCCGAGGACGGCGAAGAUGAGAGCGGCCACAGUGGUACAGGUGGCUCCGAUGUGCCAGUCGUAGCGGAUGUCAAAGAGAUCCCCAAAGAGCGAACACACUUAGAAGACUCACGUAUAGCACAUGACCAUGGAAGCAGCAGAAACUGGGUCGGGUCCCACAGCAUAGCUGCGCUGGGAAGUGGUGAAGGUUUUCCGAACAUUGCAUCAGGUCAGCAGGUACAGAUAACCCCGGCACCCGAGCGGUUUGGCGGUGUGACAGCCUUGGAAGAGGAGGACGGUCCUGGAACAUCAGCGUCUUCAGCCGUAUCUGAAAAUAUCGCUGAAGAAAUCAUCCGACUCAUCGUCGAGAGAAGACAGAUCGAGAAGGAGUGUCAGAUAUUGAAAGAUGCCAUCCAUGGCCAGAUGCAGCGGGAGCUAGCCUACAGAGAAGACAUGGCGAGGCAGGUACAACUGGUCAGAGACUCCCUACGGAGUGAGAUAGACCAGGAGAAGGCUACAAGGCUGACGGCACAACAGAAGCUCAAAGAGGCCCACGACGCUCUGCACAAUUUCUCCUGCGAGAUGCUGGUGACCCGAAGUCGUGAAGACAACUAGGAACAUCAGCGAUGAUUGCUGGGGGCGAAAUAAGUACCGAUUGUUUUCAGGCUUACCUGUGAAAUGGGCCAUUUCAAGCUGAUACCAAUUAAGUGAUUUCAAUGUCAUGUCUCUUACUCUUGUGUUGAAACCAGGAAUUUAUGUUUGGGAAGCACUCAAGAUUUAAAUCUGUCGGUAAUGUAAGUGCAGACUAUCAAAUGAAGAGAUGUAUCUACUAUCUAUAUCAGAAUGCCUGCAUUUUGCUGUAUUUAACAUUCCCUGUUGAUACAACAUGUAGUAUGCGAAGUGUGAUGCUUAUCACUUUGUUCACGUCUGCGUUUUUGAUGUGUGGAUCUUGAGUAAUGGCAUUGUCUGGUAACAGUGUUUUCUGGCACGUUUCCUCUCCAGUUAUAUGUUAACAAACUCACCGUUGCU